AGGGGAACAAAAAAAAUCAGCCCUUUUUCUGGUUUGUUUUGUUUACUGAUACUGUCUGUUUCCUCUCGCCUUCCACUCCCUGGAUCUCCAGCUCCAGGCGGCCAGGCCCGAGCUGGGGAAUUCCGAUCCCAACAGCCCCCACCAAGGCCUCGCGCCGAUCCCAAGGACUCGUGCCUCCCGUCCUCCGAUGCCGCAACUCAUCCCAUCCGGCUUCUGAAGCCGCGGCCUCCGACGUCAAUUCCGGUGGCGGGCGGCAUGGAUUCCGCCGCCAACAGCGUCGGCGAGUCUGUGGGCGAGUCUCCGGCGCCAGCGCCGGCGCCGGAGCCGCAGACACCGCCGGCCGAACCGGUCACCAAGGGCCGCGGGCUCCGCCGGUGGCGCCGUAUCCCGCGCGAGCAGCACCACGAGGGGUCUCCGGCGAGCCCCGGGGCCGGUACCGGCGCAGGUGCUACAGCGGGUGAGGACUUGGCGGCGCAGCUCCACAAGCGGCGUUACGGCCCUGCCGCCGACGAGCCCAAGGGAAAGCAAGACGCGGCGGCUGCAGAGGAGGUCGAGAGCUCGGUCGCGUCGGUGGAGUCCAGCUUCGUGCCGCUGGAGGCGUCCCCACCGCCGGCGCCGGCGCCGGCGCUGACCAGGUUGGACCCGAAUCUAGGCCACCUGAUUGCCACCGCCGGUUUCUCGGUGGGCGCCGGCGGCGCCGAUUCGGACAACAGCGACGACCGCACCAGCAAGUCGUCCACGGCCGCCAGCGCGCCGCGCCACGACUUCUCGUCCGUCGGCUUCGGCCGGGAGCGCGACAGGGCGCGAUCCCGCGCCCCCGGCGCCGCUCACGGCAAGGGCAUCCGUGCUGCUCGUGUGCGCGGCGCUAGUGCGCGCGUUGCCUCCUCCCCUGCUGAAGCAGAGAAUUCUCGCUCCAGCGUCGAGUCCAACCUCCGAAGCUCUAACGCUGCUCAUGCGCGGCGAUCUAGUUCUGGCGUCACAAGCAACGGUGUUCACAAGGUUCUAUUCCCUGAUGGUCAUCAAAGUGACGACGAACCUCCAAGUGCAGACCUGCGGUAUGCUACAGGAGGUUUCUACAAGGAGAAUGGGAGUGUAAUAGGGAGAUUGGCGAACUGUGACUCUGAUUCCAACAAUCAUAUCUUUGAUGAAGCCAGUGCUGGCAAGUUUGAGAAUGGAGGGACUCAUUCAGGUUUGGAUCCGUAUGCUGAGUCGGUGGCGUUGCUUCAGUCGGCACAAGAAGCGCUUGAGAAUGAGAUCCAAAAGUUUGUGGAAAUCAGGGAAGAAACUGAUGAAGAUUCCACAACUCACCAAAGUGAAAUAGAAUGGAGCAGCUCUCCUGUAGAAGAAUUAAAUGAGAAGAUAAAGAUGCUCGAGUCGAAGCUGGAAGAAGCCACCAUGGUCAUCAAUAAGCAGGAUUCAAAAAUAAUUGAACUAGAUGCACUCAGCCAAGUACAACCACAGAAUACCAUAGCAUGUAACAACGAUCUGCUGUCUCUACCAUCUGAUGUAGACCAACUGCUCUUGGAGAAGCUGGAGGCAGAGAUUCAGUGCUUUAUCCUUACAAGAGCUUGGCAGGAUUGGAAACUCCUGACCAAGGAUCAAUUUGCUCUUAACGAGACACAGAAAUCCCUUCUGGCGGAUCACAAAUCUUUAGAAACUAAGCUGAGGCACGCUGAGAACAGGGCGAUGAUGCUGGAGGAGAUGGUGGAUAAACUAGAGUCACAAUGCAAGGAGCUCUCCGAGACUUCAGAAGUUCUGAAGCUGCAGGCCAGAGCUAGCAGGGUCUCCUUGUUCUGCUCGGUCCAGUUUGUGCUGCUAUGCCUAGCCAUGGGGACCCUCCUCGUUCGCUUUCUGCCCUCCUCUCCCGAUAUUGUACCUACUUGAGGUUAGAGAAUUAUGCCAGUCAGCCUUUGUGUAGCCAUUGUCGAAAGAUUGUUUACUGUAAGUUAUUAGGCAUCAAUCGCCUUACAGAUUUUCGUUUUUGUACCAUCAACUCAGAUUUUGCUAGUAAUUUCUUUAUGAAUAUGAGUUUACUGGGUUCUCUGGAUUCUGAAAA